AUGCAGUACGCCAGAGCACGAGAGCUCAUCGACGCCUUGCACCGCGAGGAUCCUGCGGGCGAGGAGCUCGCGUACGCCGAUAGCGUCGAGCGAUGGGUCAAGCAGCUCUAUCCUGAAGCAGAUGAUGUACUUCUUCUCGCUGCACGGUGUCAGCAUCUCCAGCGGUGGUCGCUUCCCCGCACGAGCUUCCCCGAUGGCAAAGCGGGCUAUCUGUCAUGGCGUCGGAGAUUGUACGUUGUACAAGCAGACAAGGCGGCAGAGCUCCUCAGGCAAGCCGGCCUGCAAGACGAAGAGAUUGCUGCUGUCCGACAAUGGGUGUCUAAGAGCGACCUCCGUAAAGGCAAUCCUGGCACACAGGCGCUCGAGGAUGGGGCAGUCCUGACCUUCUUCACGAACCAACUCGAAGUCGAGAAGCUCACCGAUCAUGACAAGCUCGACAGAUCCAAGCUGGUCGAUAUCGUGCGAAAGACAUGGGGUAAAGUGAGCCCUAAAGGACAGGAGGCGAUAAGGAAUCUAGACUUGGACGAGACGCUCAAAGGCCUAGUGAACGAAGCGCUGGCUGCAUAG